AUGUCGACAACUCACAGCGAUGAGUCCUCCGAAUCAACGACGCAGGCGAAUGGCAGCUUCUGCAUACCGAACCAGUUCCGCAACUUCCUCAUGUUCGUCGCUGUGCUGUGCCUGACGUCGGUGAAUGCGAAUGUCAGCGCCUUCAAUCAAGUCAUCCUUUGCAUGAAGAAUGAGACGGUGAGUUUGCGGGGCUUAGGGGGAAAAAAAUUUCGGCUAAUUUUUGUGACAUUUCGUCACAUCUCCGAAAAAUUGGUAAAAACGCAAAUAGGGCAAAACAAAACCGUCAAAUUGCAUGGAAAGUCGUCUUUACAGUUUUUUUUUUUGAUAAUUUACAAUUUUUAAUUUUCCAAUAUUUUUGUGACAUUUCGUCGAAUCCUAAAAAACGUUCUAUAGAUGGUUUUAGCACACACAGAAGACAUUCCGCACAUCAGUAAACGAAUUUUAGAUGACUUUAUUUUUCCGAUAAUUUUUGUGACAUUCCGUCACAUCUCUGAAAACUUGGUAAAAACGCAAAUAGGGCAAAACAAAACCUUAAAAUUGCAUGGAAAGUCGUCGUUACAAUGAGCGACAUUCCAUCUUCAUAUUUUACAAAAAUUUCGGUCGGUAAUUUCAAAAAAUUUUUUCAGCUCUUUUUUUUCAGCUCUCCAGCCCUCCUCAUUAUUUCUUCACCAAGACGGAGGAGCUUUGGCUUCAACGCGCCAUCGGAAUGGGCAGUUUGGUCGGCACUUUUCCGUUCAAUUACGGCUACAGUAGACUUGGAGCGAAGUGGCCGUUUGGGAUUGCUGGACUGUUCUCUGGCCUGUGCGCAGCGCUAACGCCAACCGCCGCUAGUUGGGGAUUCCCUUGGCUGAUGGCAGCACGACUAAUGACGGUUGGUUUUUUGUAGGGAUUUUUUUGGAUAUGGAUGGUUUUUGCUUCGAUUUUUUUAUAAAAAAUUGUUAUGAUGACUUUUUUUUGUAAUUUUUUUACAUUUAUUUAAAGGGGAUGUACUCCUAGUGCGACACUCAGAUUUUUAUGAAACUUGGCACAAAUUUAGAACAAUUUUUUCUAAUAUAUUUGCGAGAAUCCUAGCUCGCGCUUUGCAGAAACAACCGAGAUUUUUAGAUCGAAAGCCGGCGAAAAUUUAGGACUUUUUGCCGAAUUUCGGCACGAAAAGUUUCAUGUCUAUUUCUAUCGUAAAGGAUAAUGUUUUUAAAAAAUCACUUUUUUCCGCACGAAACUGCCAAAGUUAUGGCCAAAAAGCGUUUUUCUGUCUGACCGCUUUCCACGUUUAGCGUGCUCUCUCGGCGGCAAAAAUCUUUCGAUAUCUUGGCGGUGCCUGCAAAGCGCGAGCUAAAACUUUCAGGAAUUGGUAUUUAGUCCAUACCCGACGUAUGUGCGAAAUUUAAAGAAAAUCUGAGCGUCGCACUUGGAGUACUUCCCCUGUAAAUUUUUAUUAUAAUAUUUUUUUUCAUUUUUAAAUUUUCCAAAAAAAUAUGUCGUAGUGACGUAUUAUCCUUUUUUUUAAGCUUUUGAAGUCUAAAAAAAUCAAUAGACAAUAAUUUAUCAACUUUGACUUAUUUUUCAGCAUUUUUGCCUUAUUUCCAGGGCUUUCUUUACGCCGCAGACUUCUCAGUUAUUGGCUUGAUGAUAACCAAGUGGUCUCCUUUGAAUCGAAGUGCGGUUUAUGUCUCACUCCUCACCGGAUACACUCCAAUCGCUUCAUUUAUGACAUUUGCCUCGUCUGGACCCGUAAGUUCGACAAUUAAAUAAAAAAAUUAUUAAAUUUUUUAAAUUUUUUUCUUUUUUUUGUUAAAUCACAUUUCAGGCAUGCAAAUCAUCAGUGGGCUGGCCAUUACUGUAUUAUUGUUUGGCAACCCUCACAUGUAUUUCAUUUGUUCUUUGGUUCAUCUACUACAACGAUGAGCCCGUCAAGAGUCGACAUCUAAAUCAAUAUGAAUUUGAUUUGAUUUCGGAGGGAAAAUUCAAGGAGGAAUUGCAAAAGCAUACAAAAGUCCCGUAUUUGGUGGGUUUUUUGAAGUUUUUAAUUUUUAUUUAAAAAAAUAUUUUUUUAAUUUUUUAUUUUAUUUUUAUUUUUUUUUAAUUUUUGUUUUUAUUAAUUUAUAUUAUGUUUUUUUAUUUUUAUUUUUUUAUUAAUUUUUAUUUUUUACUUUUUUAAUCAAUUUUUUUAUUUCAUUUUUUUAUUUAUUUUUAAAUUAUUUAUUUUAUUUUAUUUUUAUUUUUAUUAAAUUUUUUUCAAAUUAAUAAAAAUAAAAAGGGUGGGUUUUUUGAUUUUUCGAUUUUUUUUUUGAAAAAAUUAUGUUUUGAAUUUUUUAGUUUAUUUUUUUUUUGAUUUUUUUUUUAAUUUUUGUUUUUAUUAAUUUUUUAUUAAGAUUUUUUAUUUUUAUCUUUUUUUUAUUAAUUUUUAUUUUUUACUUUUUUAAUUUAUUUUUUUAUUUCAUUUUUUUAUUUUUUUUUAAAUUAUUUGUUUUAUUUGUUUUAUUUUUAUUUUUAUUAAAUUUUUUUCAAAUUAAUUUUUUUAGAAGCUGAUCUUCAACCCGGUAAUUCUGGUGGUCUGGCUGAACGCGUAUGCGGAUAUUUUCAGCAGCUUCUUUAUGUACGCCUAUAUUGGAAGAUUUUAUGUGAAUGUUUUGAAGUUUGAUACGUCCAUGGCUGGCUAUUUCGCAUCGUUGCCUCCGAUUCCAUUCGUGAUUUUGAAGGUGUCCAUUGGAUAUCUGAAUGACCGAAUUACGUAAGUUUUCUUGGUAUUUUUUUAGAAAAAAAUUAAACAAAUUUUUUUAUAAAUUUUUUUUAAAGUUUAAAAAAAAAAUAAAAUGAAAUGGGAAAAAUUAAAUAAUCUUUUUUUUCAAUAUUUUUCUGUUUACUCAAAAUUUUAUUAAAAAGUGAAAAAAUAAAAGAAAUAUUUUAAUUUAAGAAAACUAAAAAAAACGAAUAAUUUUUAUUUUUAAUAUUUUUUUUUUAUUUACUAAAAAAAAUUUUAUUAAAAAGUGAAAAAAUAAAAGAAAUAUUUUAAUUUAAGAAAACUAAAAAAACGAAUAAUUUUUAUUUUUAAUAUUUUUUUUAUUUACUAAAAAAAUUUUAUUAAAAAGUGAAAAAAUAAAAGAAAUAUUUUAAUUUAAGAAAACUAAAAAAAACGAAUAAUUUUUAUUUUUAAUAUUUUUUUUUAUUUACUAAAAAAAAUUUUAUUAAAAAGUGAAAAAAUAAAAGAAAUAUUUUAAUUUAAGAAAACUAAAAAAACGAAUAAUUUUUAUUUUUAAUAUUUUUUUUAUUUACUAAAAAAAUUUUAUUAAAAAGUGAAAAAAUAAAAGAAAUAUUUUAAUUUAAGAAAACUAAAAAAAACGAAUAAUUUUUAUUUUUAAUAUUUUUUUUUUAUUUACUAAAAAAAAUUUUAUUAAAAAGUGAAAAAAUAAAAGAAAUAUUUUAAUUUAAGAAAACUAAAAAAACGAAUAAUUUUUAUUUUUAAUAUUUUUUUUUUAUUUACUAAAAAAAAAUUUUAUGAAAAAGUCAAAAAAUAAAAGAAAUAUUUUAAUUUAAGAAAACUAAAAAAAUUGAAUAAUUUUUAUUUUUCCGAUUUUCGAAAUAAAAAGUCGAUUAAAACAUUUUUUUCAAAAAAAAAGAUCUUUUAAUUUUUUAAUUCAAUUUUUUUAUUUCAACUAAAAAUUUUUCCUUUUUCAGUUUCAUGCCGGAACGAGUCAAAAUGAACGUCUUCAAUUCCUUCUGCGUGACCGCGCCGUCCAUUUUCUUCUUCACGAUUGGCUUCAUAACGGAGCAGUACCGUUAUUGGACGGUGGUGUGCCUGGUCCUGACCUAUGUGUGCUACUCGUUCAGCGGCGGCGGCUUCUACAAGUGCGCGCAUCUGUCGGCCCGCCAAUACUCGGCGUUUGUGAUUGCGGUGGUGCAGUUCCUGAAGAGCAUUGCGCUGUUCUUGGUCCCCACCUUGUUCGAUUCCACCAUUCACACCGAAGCGGAUUAUAAGAUCUUGGAGAAGUGGAGACCCGCGUUUUGGACGCUGUCCGCGCUUUGUUUGGUGGUAGGCAAUUUUUUUUGAGAAUUUUAAAAAUUUUCGGACAAAAUAAAAAACAUUUUUUCUUUAUUUUUUUUAAGUUUUUGAUUUUUUUGAAAUUUAUUUAUUUUUUAUAAAAUUUUGGGACAAAAUUUUUUUUUUCUUUUUUAAUUUUUUUACUUUUUUCGAAAAAAUCUCGUCAUGAUGACGAUUUUUAUAGUUUUUUUGCAAUUGUCUGGGUUUCCAAAAAAUGUGUCAUCGUGACGUAUUUUUUAAAAACUUCAAAAAAGUCUGUAUUUGCGAUUAUAAAAAUUAUGUUCUUGGUGAUUGUGAUAGCAUAAAGAUGCAAAGAGUAUAAACUAUAAGUUGUCGCGUUUUUGCAUCCCAUAACUACUGUGUCAUGAUGACACAUUUUUUGGAAAUCCGAGAAACCUCGAAAAAAUCGUUCUUCGUAAUGAGAAAUACGACAAAUCACCUUUUAUCACCUUUUUUCAGUUUCCAGAAAAUGUGUCAUGAUGACAUAUUUUUUGGAAAUGUUCCAAAAUCUCGGAAAUUUGUAAAUGAUAUGCCACUGAUCGCUUCUAUAACCUUUUUUAUCCAAAUUGUCAAAUUCCAUUCAGAUAUGAAGCCUGAAAAAAUAGAAAAAAUCUCGAUUUCAGAGCGGCUUCAUCUUCUACUUUUUCUCCCGCGCCAAGCCCUUGAAAUUCAUCCUCAAAGAGAACGAAGGACGUCACUGCACUACGACCAAAGCAGCCACCAGUUCCACCGAGAAGAACGAUUGA